GCUUCAAAUUCCAGCCACCAGGACACACACACAUUUAUAAAAUCAACACUCGAGACCAAGACCACUAGACAGAGCCAUCAAAGGAAGGAAGGAAGGAAGAGCAGAACGGCAUAAACAUGAAGCAGAUAACCCUGAGGCUAUGUUUAGCACUGCCAAUGUUUUUCCUGCCGGGCCCAUCUCUACAGGAAGCGACCAACUCCAGCAGCUGCUCCUCAGAGUCGGCCGAGACCAUGCGUCUGACCGAUCAGCUGAAGGAAUCGCUGGACUGCGUAGACACGUUGGCAAGCGUGUGGGCAGACAAUGAGACCGCCUCGGUGCUGUCCUCCCUCACCACGGCCGUUAAAGUUCUGCAGGGCCACCAGAAAUCAGCUUGUCUCCAAGCCCAUCCCAAGCAGUGUCCAGCACCAGGGGUGCCCAGUAAAGGAGGACUGGUGUGUGCAACCAUAGGAGACGCACGCUACUGCAAGCCCAUGUGCAACGAGGGAUUUGAUUUUGACUUCCUCAGAAGGAGUCGGCUGUAUGAGGAGUGCAAAGCAGGGAUCAAGCCCACUUGGACCACGCAAUACAUCGGUGGGAAAACACUGGCCAUCUGUAACAAGGCCGCCAUUGCAAUCUCGGGAGCCACGUCCGCCUACUUCCCCAAGGACCAGGACUGCCUGAAAACCAAGAGCGAGAGCGACUUGGAGAGGGAGGUCAUCCAGACCUUUGUGUCCGAGCUGAAGGCCAAAGGAAUCCGGGGGACGGCGGAGUACAAGUGCCUCACCUGUGGAUGACCAACGCGCUGUACAAAAACCAGCUGGUUAACAAUGGACUUGUGUUCUUCACCGGAUUCUGCCUUAUUAUAACUACACGAUCUGCUGCCAUCUGCAACUUGUGCAAAUACUGUUGACACAGCAGGUUAACUUGUAAACCUUGAUAUGCCUAAUAGCCCGUUUUCACUGUCAAAUAUCCUUAUGUCCCAGAUGAGUUUUUAUCAAGACUAGGUUUGACACAGUGUGGAAUGUUCUCUAGGGAGUAGGCAAAAUGACAGGCUUGGAUGGGUGGAAUGACCCUCUCAUCAAACAUUCUUGUAUUCUUAUGUUCUGUGCCAGAUGUUGUGUUCUUCUCUUCUGCAAGCUCAUCACUGUGUAAUAAAAACCAGCAACACUAAAACAAGUGUGAAAAAAUUGUGGCAU